AGAAUUUUCAAACAGGUACUCAAAGGAUAUGACAUGGCUUGCGUAAGAAAUUGUAGUGUUAGAUCAUCAAAGUCAGUAUAUAUGCUCAUUUGGCUCGAGGUUCGUAACGAUACCUACAAACUUAUUUCAUAUACUUUAGACAAACUUCCUAAAAUGGGUCUUCUUGUCUGUUUUUCCUGUAUUGGGCAUUGAGCGGUUCGAUUGUCCAUAAAAUACCAGGUCAAUUCCAAAUCAAGCGUUCCUUGGUUAGAUUACUUAUAACUUAAUUAUACAUAAUUCGUUAUUUUAUUUAUAGACAUACUCAUUCUAUACUGCUAAUCAUAGGAUCCAUACACAUUACCUCUUGGGCACUAACAGAAUCCUUACGCUCUACCACUCAUACCAUGAAUCCAUCAUGUGUGGUUUACGUGGGUAAUAUUCCAUAUGAGAUGUCCGAAGAACAAGUCACUGAUAUCUUCAGACAAAGUGGUCCUGUAAAGUCUUUUCAUCUUGUCAUUGACCCAGAAUCUGGACAACCUAAAGGUUAUGGCUUUUGCGAAUAUCAUGACACUGCCACGACUGCUUCGGCAGUACGGAAUUUAAACAACUACGAUGCAGGUGCUAGACGAUUACGCGUUGACUUUCCGACAGCAGACCAAAUACGCCGACUAGACAAACUAAUUGGUCCUCCUUCAUAUGGACAAUACGCACAACCUUAUUCCAUGCCUUCUUAUGGCUAUAAUCCUCCCUAUAAUGCUUACUCGCCUGCCAACCCAAAUUAUGCUUAUCCUGCUUACCCACCAGCUCCCAAUUACUAUAGAGGAACGCCAUCUCAUUCUACGGCAAUUUUCGGUAAUGAAGCGAUCUAUCGUACCUUAACCCAAUUAGCUCCUAAUGAAUUAGACUAUAUGUUGUCUGCUGUCAAGGCCUUAUGUUUAGAAGUCCCUGCUCAAGCAGAACAGUUACUGGCAGCUAAUCCUCAGCUUAGUUAUGCCGUGUUUCAAUCCAUGGUUAUGAAACAGUACGUUCCUGAAUCGACAAUUGGUGAUUUGUUAGUGCCUCCUGCCAGCGCUGGUCCACCUCCAACAGAUAUGGCCGCUCGCAAUUUUGCUAGUCCUUUAAUGGCUCCUGUGUCUGGUUCCCCUUAUGGUUCAGUACCUCCUCGAUCAUCGGAACCUGUGACAAGACCUUACUCUUCGUACAUGGGACCUUAUGUUAAACAGCCCAGCCCGUAUGUCGGAAUGCCGACAGGACCAGCAAUAACUUCUAGAGGUUCUACGCCAGCCUCUGUUCCUUUGUCUCCAAUGCGCGGUUAUGCUUAUCCUGCCACUACCGGUACAUAUCCUCCUACUGCAGUUGGAAACGGUAUACGGCCCAUGACUGCAUCGGCUCCUGCAGCAGCUGCACGAAGUCCUUCCAUUCCAGCAUCAAAUACUACGAGUCAGAGUACUACUACUGCUACGCAAGAUGAGGAAGCUACGAAAGCUGCUUUAAUAGCACAGCUAAUGGCGUUAACAGAUGAACAAAUUAGUGUGUUACCACAGGAACAAAAAGAAAAGAUCAUUGAAAUUAGAAAGGCGGUAUCUGGAAAAUGAGCUAAAGGGGAAAGAAAAGAAUGAAAAAAGGCAAAAUUAGACCGCCAUUCAAGGUUAGAGUUGUUCUAAUGGAUUUUGAGGGACAAAAAUAUAAACAAAAAUACGAAGAUAAAUAUUACUAGUGAGAAGCAACUGCUUAAUUUUUGCGCGUAUCGUAAACAUAGACAGGGCUCUUAUUGGGUCCAGGAACAGCACCGCGAACUAGAAUGCAAUUAAGAUCUAGAUCUACAUCCCAGAUUAAAGCAUGUUGGACCGUUGAGUUUUUGUGACCCAUAUGGCCUGCCAUUUUAUGACCUGGGAGAACACGACCCGGGGUCGUGUUUUGACCUGUUGAACCCGGGGUACGGUGUGACAAGGAAGCACCAUGAGAAGCGUUUCCUCCAGCAAACCCCCAUCUUUUCAUGACACCAGCGAAUCCUUUUCCUUUCGUAACUCCCUUAAUAUCGACAUAUUGUUUUGGCUGAAAAUAAUCCGCAUUAAACACAGUGCCGGAGGGGAUGAGUCCCGAUUCAUCACGAACUUGGAAUUCUUUUAUGUGCAUCUUAGGGUAUACACCACUUGUAAAGAAUUGGCCCUGAUUAGCUUUUGUAAGUGCAUGAGGCUUUCGGAUUCCGGCACCAAUCUGUACUGCAUAAUAACCGUGUUUCUCCUUGGUUCGGCUGGACAUAGCUUGAACACGAUUAAAUUGUAAAAUCGUCAAUGGGAUCCACUUUCCUGUAUCAUUGUCCCAUGCACUAGUCAUUCCUUUCUUGAUUAAAAUUACUCCUGGUCUUGCCAGCAAAUGGCGUCGCGCAUGCGCUGCUUCUGGUGAAUCUUGUAUUAGGCGUCUAGAGAUCCCAGUUGCAGUUUGUGCAUACCCACGCAAUUGCAUUGGGCGAAAAUAUGAAGUCGAGCGAUGAAAGAUUGAUGCAAAAUUCAUGAUUUCCUCAAGAAAUCGAGAUGUAAAGAAAAGGUGGUUUCUACUGUCUUUGCUUCUUAUGUGGGAGCGUUCGCUAAAUAUUCUUGGAAUGCUGUAAAUACAUCAGCGUGCUUGUUAGAGCUCGGUAAAUUUUGUCAGAUGAAAAGAAUUAAUCAAAAAUGAAUACGAUGAUAUUGUAGCUUUGAUGAUGCUAUACUAUUUAUUUUAAAAGAAAAGUUUAGAAGUCGAACUAAUAAAUAAUGGUGACUUUCAGAAACGGUAUAAGAGGUUACUCUUGUAGCAAUAGUUAAAGCCAGGA